AUGUUUUUCUUGAGAGGCAACGACACUCUAGCUUAUGUCAGCCAAGCUCUGAGGGCUGUGUUGGAGGUUUCGUCAGGGCCUGACUGUUCAGUUUUCUUCUUGAGCCGGGGUGUCUCCUCUUCUGACCUUCUACAGCUAGCGCACGGAACCGCCGCCCCUUGGGGAGUCGGGGUCUUCGAAGUGGCGGAGGACCUGGACGGCAACGCAACCGAAGUGCGGCUCUCGCGGGUGGUCGGCGAGGCUCGGGACUUACGUAUGUUGUCGUGGUGCGUUAACGUGGUCGUACUGAGCGACGACCCCGCCUUCCUGGCCUCCUUCGGCGAGUCGUCGCUCCGGGGCCGCCUCCUGGUGUGGGCCACGAGGCUCCUGGUCAUCACCCGCCUGCCCCUUCAGGAACUCCAUCGGCUCUUCUCCUCCUCCUGGACCUUCUCCAUGAUGAACACUAUUUUCAUCAACUUGGAAGAGGGUUCAGGCGGACUUCGGCAGAAGAUAUACGCACACUUCCCUUACGGUCGGGACGGACCCCAGGUGGUCGAGGUGGCUUCGUGGACGUCGGCGCGAGGCCUCUCCGUCAGGAGCGGCCGCCAGCUGUUUCCGGAGAAGUUUGAAAACUUCCACGGCGCCGAAGUGGGCGUGACGGCCCUGCCAUUCCGCCCGUACUGGAUCGAGGAGGAGACGAAGGCCCCCGACGGCGCCCUCCUCAAGACGUACUCUGGCUCCGACGGCCUCCUCCUGACGGCCAUCGCGGCGGCGCUCAACUUCUCCUUCGUCGUCCUUCCCGUCGCUGGGUGGGGCGUGGUGACCUCCUUAGUGACGGAGAGGAAAUCCAUGAUGGCUGCGAUCUACCACAUCCUCCUGCCGCAGCGAAAGGAACGUUAUGAUUUCACUUUCACGUACGAGCAGAUAAAGACGGACUUCUGCAUGGCCAAGCCCUCCCUCGGGUCCAACUGGCAGAGUCUCUACUACCCGCUGUCUCAUGGCGUGUGGGCGUCGAUACUGGCCAUGUUGGUUGUCAUCUCCUGUGUGCUGUAUGUGGUCACCAGACUCUUCAACUGGAACGACAGCCAAAGACUCGGGGCCUGGGGCGUGACAGAGGUCGUCCUGGGAUCCUUACUGGGCCAGAGCAUAUUGCAGAGGAUGGGCAAGAGCAGCAGGUAUCGUGUGCUCGUAGCGACGUGGCUGAUUUUCGCCUUCAUCGUCGGGACAGCUUAUCGAGGGAACCUUACCGCUGCCCUGACGUUGCCCGCGUACCCUCCCCGACCCGAGACCAUCGAGCAGCUUGUGAAGGCCGUGGAGAGUUAA